AGACGCCAGCGACUGGAGCUGGAGGAGCGCGAGGUUGUAUUCGCGUGCAGUGAAGCAGGGGGACACUGAGGACCAGACCCGAUGUGUGCGGUGACAACUGAGAGAAUCCAGGCAGUGAACUAGUUCACAGUUUUUAACGCCGGGAGAGCAAAUCACUGUUCGAAGCGACUGCCUACAGCGCACCGAGUUUCCAACCUCAGCACGACACCGGAGCUUUCCUUAAGAAGGGCCCAGAAGUUCGCCGAGGGAUGGAUCGAUACCGGGGGUAUCACUGCUGCUGACACUCCUUCAGGGAAGUUUGAGGUGUUUGGAAACUACCGUGUGACUCUGUGUCCGUGUACCAUGCUGACACUUACGCAGAGUAUGUAAAGUUAUUCUUAAAAUCCUGCAACUCUACUGAGAGUCUGCUCCCCCGGCUGCUUUGCAAAGUGUAAAUAAGUGGUUUUAUAGAGCAGGAGUAGCGUGUGUGACUGCAUAUGGAAGUGUGAUAGUGCUCCUGAAGAGCUGCUACUUUGUUCAUGUGCUGUUCUCAUUUUUAUGUCCAGCAGUUGCACUCCAGCGUAUCUGUGCUCAGUGUGUGUAUCAGUGUGGGUUAUUCACGGUGCUGCUAUGCAGACUGACUGGAGCCACGCUCAGACAGUUCCACUGUAACCCCAAUUCUGAGGCGAAGGCCUGGACUGCAUUCACAGAAAGAAACCUUUACAGCAGAGGAUAAGUGCUCUGCACUUCUCCAUCCAGAGGGACAACUUGUACUGAGCAGCAGAUGUUACACAGCUUUAUGUACUAACGUGGAUUAUUCAGGAGCCUGCUAUGAAGACAGAGUGGAGCCACAGAAAACCUGCUUGUAAAACUGAAGUAAUGCACACGAUUGUGCAGUUGUCCGUGCAAUGAAAUCGCAUGUGUUGCACAGUUAUAAGCUAAUGGUGUAUUCCUGAAUGAAACACUGGGACCAAAAGUCUUUUUUGUGCAGUAGUGAAACACAUUCUUCCAGGAGGUGAAGGUUCAGCUGAUGCUCGCUCCUACACAGUGAAUGAACUGAAAUGAUUUACUGGACAAUUUUUAAGAUUUUGUAGUUAAUGUACAUUUCCAAAUAUCACCGUUUUUUGUGUUCAAAUUCGAUUUUACGUUAUCUGUUUGUUACCCUAACUAUUGCAAAAUGAAGAAUCCCCUUCCUCUGAGUAAUAUGUGGAACAGACCUGAUAACAAAGACCCAGAGCAGGUCUCUGUGCCUAGCACUAACAAGAAGUUCAAGAGGAAGUCCCGCGAACCUAAAAGGUUUUUCAAUGGCCCCGAGCCCGACAGGAUGAAAACCUACACAGUUGAUGUGACUGAUGCAGACUGGGUAGAUGACGCCCAUAUGGAGUCGCAUAAUAUCCACAAGUUGGCUCCACUCAAGAGACACCUGAUGAUGUCACAAGAGCCGAUGGCCAGUACCACAGGGAUUCUGUCAGGAUUAAAGGAAGACAUGGCUGCAGCUCAGAGUGGUGGUGCCAUAGAUAUGAGAAUUGGCAAUAAUGUGCCUAUUGUUGCUUCCAAAGUUUCCCAGGUGCCCACCUCCUCAUUCUCUAACCCAGAGAUCUCCCACUGGCCCACCUCCAUCUCCCAGCCUCUGUCCAGCAGACUAAAACUGGGCCUUCAAUCGAUAUUCCCUCCUUCAACAUCAACCUGCAACUCAGCCAGUCACCAGGUGUUUUCCUUAGAGGCGUCCCCAGGCCAGUCUGCCCCCAGAGUCUCACAGUCCACCGAGUGUCACGAACAUAUGGAUCCACAGGUCCCUUCGCAUAAGGAGUCUCUGAGGAAGCGGAUUGGGUUGAGUCCUGAUGGAUCUGGGCAUCUUCCAGAAGUCAAAGCCAUCCAGCAGACCAGGAGGCUGCUGGCAAACGCCAGGGAGAGGACCCGUGUCCAUACCAUCAGUGCUGCAUUCGAGGCUCUGAGGAAACAGGUGCCGUGUUACUCGUACGGGCAGAAGCUCUCCAAGCUGGCGAUACUACGUAUAGCCUGCAAUUACAUCCUGUCUCUGGCUCAGCUCGCUGAGCUGGACUACAGUUCAGAUCACAGCAGUGUGAGCUUCUCUCAGUGUGUUGAACAGUGCACACGGACCCUGCAGGCUGAGGGAAGGAGCAAGAAGAGGAAGAAGACUCAGGAUGGGGACGUGGAGCUCGACUCACAGGGGGAUGCUGCUGACCUCUUCAAAAGCAACCUCUUCCAGUGUUGAAGCCUCUGUACCUGCAGCAUGCUGUAUCUGUGUUCACUGAAGAGGCCACUUUGUACUACUAUGGGUUGGAAGAAUGCCCGAGGAUGUAUGAUGUUUUGAGACUACUGUUACCAGAAUCACCUCUUCUCACUGCAUGAUCACACAGCCAGCCUCAGGUUACACUCUACUGUUGCACUGUGUUGAAUGAAAAAAGCAUGAAACAGUAGCAUUUACUGUAAAAACAAACAGGCUCAUGUAAUUCAGAUACAAUUUAGAUUUCCUGAGAAAUAGCUGAUAAUGUGUUUUCCUGGUGGACAGAAGGUUCAUCAGGACUAAUUAUUAAUAAUAGAUAGUAGUGUUUACAAAUAUGUGAACAAUGAUCAUUCUAACCUUGCUUAAUUUACCCGACAUGGCAGUUACCUAAAUAUUUAACCAAUAAUAUGACAAUGUUUACAUAAAUCUAGGUUUUUUUGCUACUCUGUUCUGUAUAUCAUUUUAAGCAACAUUACUAAACAUCUUGAUUUCUUGUAUGAAUUCAACAUUAAAUGUGAACGAUGCUAAAACUAAGGUACAAAUCCUAAGGUGAGAGAAAGUAUGAAUGAAUGGCCAUACAGAUUUGGAAUUAAAAUAAAUACAUUCAAUAAAUAAAUGAUAUAUUCCAACCGCACCGAAGUGUUGUCACAUUCAUUUUUCUGUCCCAUAAUAUAUUCUGUCACAGCUCCUCCUCUUUGGUUUUUAUCUGUAGUGUUGGCAGCCGGCGCUAUCCUAAAGAACCACCUCAGUUUAUAUAGUGAACCUAUAGUGAUACAGCACUUAACAAAAGAAAGGUUUAAGAACAAAGUCAAGAAUACACGGGCCCACUGUGUCCCACACAAACCUUAUAAAACACGACACUAGCUUCUGAUCUGAGUCAAUGUUUUAGUUUUCAUGGACUUGGUGAUUUUUCACUGUCACUCUGUCAGAAACAGGUGUGCAACAUAAAUAGUUCUGAAUAAAAAACAAUCAGAUAAAUGAAGACUAAUAAGUGUAAUCACCUUCUUCUGUCAAUAAUAUCUUUGUCCAUGUGCAAAUGUGGAUGAUACCUCGUCCAUAGCCAGAAGCUCUGCACUGGGUCCACACACGGGAGUCACUGUCAAAAGCUUGAAUUGUACCUUUCUACACAUCUGGGCCGGGGUAAUGGUGAGUUCCCAGUCAGAAAUCGUUUAUAGAACGCUCCGACUUGAAUUUCCCACUCGGAAAGUCGGAUUAUGACCACGCAGUGGUGAACCCCCCCUCGGCUCUCCAUCUGUCUGUGUCCACGGUGGAGUAUGACUGAGGUCGAGUUUCCGCCCGAGCACGAGGGUCCCCGUUGAUGGGGAGGGACACUGAUGGGAUCAAUAAAGUAUCCUUCUAUAUAUCUACUGAAUGACUUACAAUUAGAGUAAGAACUGCAAACUCAUAAUGAAAGUGUCACAGAUGAAGAGAAUCCACAGACAUCUGCCCCCUGUUGGCUGCUAGGAAGUGAUGCUAAUGUGAAACCGCAGGACUCCUGUAGCAGACGCUGUUUUUGCCUUCUUAUCAAAAACAUAGAGAAAACAUUUAUUACUGGUGCCUAUUAUCUGUUGGUAUUAUUUGAAAAACAAAAACAAACAGUGAUAAUCAGGUGAUCACGGUGAGGGUUUCACUGAAUACAAACUGAGUGAUCAUGAACACACAACUGAACUAAACUCAUGUUUUUUACAUGCAGUGUAGCUUUAGCUCAGUGUCGGGCCUCAGAUAUGCAAAUGCUUAAUGAAAGACUGGCACUGAUUGGAUGUGUGACCCGUUUCCAAGCAUUGUUUAAUCCACUGCAGGCGGCAGGUUUAUCCAUGUCUGUGAGGUUUCCUUCAAUGUUCAUAUCAGAACAUUUAUUAUUUACACCCAUUUUCAAUAUUUGGUAUUCAUACAAACAUUUAAAAUAUAAAUCAAGUUGAGUUAAACUUUACUAAACUGUAAAGUUUCACUCCACAUUAAAGUAAUCAGAAUUUUGCCCUUACAUGAUAAAUGUCACAUCAUCAUGUUUACUUAUUUCACUAGCUGGGACCACAUCCUCGGUAACGAUGGCCGAUGAGGGAUGAGGAAGUGUGAACUGGUGCUGCGGUUUGGGGAAGGCCUCGAAGGGGACUGGCGACGGCUCCCAGGCCGGGCAGAUCCCCGUGUACUAACGAGAAAUGAAUGAAGGAAAGGAAAGGAAGAGGGGAGAAGAGAGGGAAAACUGUGGGGGGGGGGGAAUGAAAAUGAGAACAGCAGGUAUUGGAGAAGGGGGGGGUUUAUAGCUUGAGGCCGGAGGGGGCGUGAAGGAGGAGUGGUCCCGCUCCUGAAAUUCAGAUGAUAUCUCCACUUCAUAUUUGUUGCUACGCUGCAUAAGAAAAGAUGCAGAAAGGGCCCCUCAUGAGAAAAUUGGGUGCUGUAACAACAUAUAAAUAUGAAAUAAAUGAUACUUCAUAGAAUUGUUUUUAUUUCGUUUCCAUAAAAGCAGAAAUAAAAACAAUCACAUCCAGUCCAGGUGUCGCUCUUGUUGGAGGAUGUUGAGCAGAAACCCUUGGUCAACAUUCGAAACAUUAAAAGUCAGUGUGGGGGGAGAUGUGUGCCCGUCAUCGGACUGCACACACAUCCAGAAUACAGAACUUGGCUCUACAUGUAGGGCAGGGAACCCUGCUGGACAACCACGUCUCCGGUGUCUGCUCGUCUAGACGGCUGGCGAACCAUCGACCCAGACACAA